CUCAAAGUCGGGUGAAUGUGGAUGUUUUCUUCAUCUGUGGCCAAGAACCCAUCUUUCCAGGAUGGGCUCGGGGCUCAUCGAGACUCAAUGGCGGACAAAUCGUUGUCGCGAUCCACAUCGUCGCUGGUUCGGUCGAAAUCGCUCCGUUUACCAUCGAAAAGCAAUGACGUCAUCCAGGAGAAUAUCCGGAAUGUCAGCACGCUCUCUCGGAGUGGAUCUCUCCGCGAUAGAAAAAACAAAGACGUCGUCGCGAACCCGGGCAGUCGACGAAGGGACGACAUCCUGCAAGGGAAUGCCAGUCAGGACAAUAAGGAGAAAACCAUGUCUCGAAGUUGCUACGGAUCCCUGCCCUCAUCGAAUGGAGAAGUGAAGCGGGGCGGACCAGGUACUUUUCCGUUCCGGAGACCGUUCUCGAGAGGGGGAUCCUCGGAUAAGAAGACUCCCAACGACCCCAAGCGCUUCCCGUCAUCACCCACGACUACGAAUCGCUCCACAAGAGAUUUCGCGUCGGAUUUGAAACAUCUGAUCGCGGAGCACCUAGAACUCCAAAAGGAAUACGCGAGAGUGCGGCAGCAGCUCGUUGAGAGAUCCUUGGAGAGGAUUCCGAUGAGCCCGGUCAGCGAUCUGACGAGCAUUCCGGAGUUGGAAGCCGACGCUAGCUCUCCGAUCCUCAGUGACAGAGAGACAAUGCCAAGAUCGAAGCGGAGUCGCGAAGAAUCAGCAACCGAAGCCUACAGACGAGAGGUGCUGAGACUUCAGGUAGAACUCCAUCGCAUGCAGAAACUCUACUGGAACCAAAUAAUCCAAAACGACCGUCAUGAGAAACACGAGUCCGGACGAAUAGUGAUCGAUCUUCUUGAUCAGCUCGAAGUUCAUCGGAGCGAACUUCACGAAAACAAAUCGAAGAUUCGUAAGCUGGAAGAUCAGCUUGGUCAAAGUGUUCGCGAAAUCGCCUGUUGUCGUGACGCGUUGAGCGAUUACCAAAUUGAAUUACAAGGUCUCAGACGGCAGCUCAAGGAGACAACCGCCGAGCUGAUUGAAACCAAGGAGAACCUCCAAUUCGCCGAGGAUGAAUUGAAGACUAUGAGCGAAUCUCUCCGGGAAUCCGAGAAAGAGCGGAGGGACUCGGGUCAGGACUCUAGCUAUGAAAUCAAAAUGAAUGGUACGGUCAGUCAUUCUGCGGGGACUAGCGAGAUCUUCCAGCUGCACAAUAUCGUACUUGAACUCGGACAGAAAAUCGAGGCUCUGGUACGCGGAGAUUGCCUCUUCGCCGAAGACCAGUUGGAUCUUUCCGAGGACGUGCUGAAAAUCCUUGCCGGAACGCCCUCAAUUGACGCAGCUGAUGAGAGCGAAUACCAGGCGUCCGUCGAUCCAGCCCGGCCAUCCGAAGCUGGGAAGCCGUUGAAGGAAUCGAUCAGCCUAGUGGUUGAUCAAUGCGUCCAUCUCAGGGAUAUCAUGAGGGCAAGAGUGCAGGAGAAACUCAAAACUAAAGACGAUCAAAUAGUGGAACUCAAGAAAAGUCUUGACCUCAUGUGCCGACGUCAUUCUGACUCAGAAGAACAAGCCAAAAUCCUCACCCAAGCUCUACAGCGGAGCCAAGCAGACCUCCACGGCCUCUCUGAUCAAGCAGAGAAAUGGCGUGUUGAGCACCGCAACGAGAUCGAACGUCUCACAAGAGUACUUGAAGAACUCAAAGAACGUAACAGAUGCCUGCACGCAGUGAACAUGGAUCAAGCACGUCAAAUGAAUGGAGAUUUGUCGUCUUUGUGCGCCUCCCCUGGGGAAAAUGAUGUAAUCAUGAAUUCGGCUUCUAUCAGGGACAAUAUGCAUCUUAAACAAGAGAUCAGCAAACUCAGAGAAGAAGCUGCGACCAAGGACGACCUUCUGCGUGCUUUCCAUCGAUCGCGACAAUUGUGGGAAGACAAUUACCAGAGAGUCCGCGUGGAUCUCCGCAUACGCGACCAGCAGCUCGAUUCUAUCCUCGACGUUCUGAAAGGCCUGCCGGAUGUCGUGGAUCAGUGUCGACCCCUGAAAAUGAUAUAUUCGAACCUCACGGAUCCCAAGACGAAGCCGAUAGGGAAGAAGCUCGGUGUGACAAACAGCGUGGUGGCGUCGGCUGUUUGA